AUGCUUGAGGACAAUGACGACAUUGUCAGCCAGGUUGAUGAAAUAACUAUAUUUCCUCCUGUAAACGCUGCAGCCGACCUGACAGAUGAAGAUUCUGGAGCAGAAAAUGAUCUUACAGUGAAUAACCUACCGGCAUCACAGUUACAAGCGCCGGUGGAAAUCGUAAUUGAAAGUAACUACGACAGUGAUUUUUCAUCAGAUGACAAUAUACCUCUAUCAGAGUUACAAUCACAAAACACGGCAGCAAGAAACAAACAAAAAGUAAAAACUAAAAAGAGACAGAUGCACUACAGUUGGAUAAAAGAAGAUUUGAAAUUACCGCCCACCGACUUUGAUAGUCCUACGAAUUCGGCGAUCACAGAAAACCCCUUAGAGCUUUUCUCAAAAUUUUUUGACGAAGAAGUAAUAGAAUUGAUUUUGAAUCAGAGUAAUAAGUACGCACAACAAAAAAAUAGAAAAGCGAAUAUAGAAAAGCAGGAAGUAAACGCUUUUAUAGGCGUUUUGAUACUUAGUGGAUAUAUGCAAGUACCGAGACGGAGGAUGUUCUGGGAACGUGAAAAAGAUUGCCAUAACGUCAUGAUUACAGAAGCAAUUACAAGGGACCGGUUUGAGUAUUUGUUUUCUAAUCUUCACGUCUGUGAUAAUCAGCAGUUGGACCAGGGUGACAAAUUCGCUAAACUAAGGCCGCUUUUCACACUGUUGAAUAAAAAAUUCAUGGAGAAUUCCUCGCUUGAAGAAAUGCACUCAGUUGAUGAAGCUAUGGUUCCGUAUUAUGGACGUCAUAGCUGUAAGCAGUAUAUUCGAGGAAAACCCAUGCGCUAUGGAUAUAAGUUAUGGGUAGGAAGUACCAGGUUAGGUUACUUGAAUUGGUUCGAACCUUAUCAAGGAGCUUCUACAAAUAUAAGUGAAAACUUUUCUGAAUUGGAAGUUGGUGCUGGAGUAGGCUUAGAAUAUGCGCAAGCUUUAUGUAAGAAAUGGCCAGAUAAAAAAUUUCAUCUCUUUUUUGAUAACUUUUUUACGUCAAUUCCGUUGAUCGAAAAACUAACUGACUGGAAUUUUUAUGCUACUGGUACGGUUUAA